AAGAUGGACGCUAGCUUGGAGAAGUUAUUGCAAAAUGAUGAAACAUUCAAGCAAUUCUUGGAAGACAAUUUUGAUGACAGAACAUAUGCAAACAACAUAAUUCAAAGUCGUGCCAUCAGCGAGUCGCUUGCCAGGUUGGCAGAUGGAAUAAACCUUCUGGACAAAGAACUUCACGCGCAGGUUGUUGAACACCAUGAAGAUCUUUUGCAACAGGCAACAGGAAUUGAAACACUGGAAGGUGUUCUACAGAUGAUGCAAACCAGAAUAAACUCUUUGAAGGCUUCUGUUGAAAGAAUUCAACAGCAUGUUGUCGAACCAUAUUUUAAGAUUCAAUCAAGAACAGCUCAACUGCGUCGCCUUCAG